AUGACCAAACAAGACUCAUCGAAACCACCCACAGUUCCAGACGGGUGGGUCGCGAAAUUCGACGACAAGUACAGCACCUGGUUCUACGUGAAUUUGAGCACAAAAAAAUCGCAAUGGGAGGCACCAGAGGGCACCAAGUUCAACACGGGUGAAAGUGGCGAUGUGCCGCCACCGGCUUACUCUCCCAAGGACAACAAAGCAAGCACCCAUUCCUCAGACAAGAGCUCCCACAACCGGCAACAACAGAAACCGGCGCAAGAGAACAGAAACUACGGUCAACAACAGCAGCAACAGGGUUACGGCGGAGGAUAUCAGCAACUGGGCUACGGCGGAGGCUAUCCACAACAAGGUUACGGCGGAGGCUAUCCACAACAAGGUUACGGAGGAGGUUACCCCCCGCAAGGAUACUAUCCACCGCAAGGAUACUAUCCGCCACAGCAGUAUCAACAGCCAUAUCAACAGCAGCAAAGGCAGAACAACCGUUUCGGCGCAGGAAGUAUGGCUAUGGGCGUGGGCGGUGGGCUCUUGGGUGGUAUGUUGUUGGGCAGCGCUAUUAAUGGCAUGGAGCACGACUCGUAUCAGGAUGGAUACCAGGACGGAUACGAUAACGGAUACGAUAACGGUGCCGAUUAUGGCGGGGGAGAUUUCGACGGUGGUGAUUUCGGCGGUGGAGACUUUUAA